UUAAGAACCUAAGGCCCAAGUGUCGUCUCGUUUUUUUCUUUAUCCUUCUUCAUCACACAAAUCCAUUCUUCCGCAAAACCAAGUUCUUGCGGUACAAUACGCCGUCCAUUUCCGCCACUAGUUACCAUGUCUAAACGAAAUCGAGAUUCUUCAAACGCGAACCCUAUUUCUUCCGCUAUGGAAACUAGUACUGGAACCACGAGGACUAGUUUUCCUGAGAAUUUUAGGUCGAAACUGAAACAAGAAUGGUUGGAUUCAUGUACCGCAGAGUUGAAUAUCUCAAAUCCUGGUUUUGAUAACUUCGAUCUUGCUGAGAAAGAGAAACUCAUCUUCCAGCGGUUUCUGUUUUCUGAUAUGAGAUUUUCUUGUAGGGGUACGCUUCCUAAAAAUACUCAUACUUUUGAUCUAGCUCAUCAUCCUGAUCCAUUAGUUCUCCAGGUUAACCAGAUGGGUCAUAUAAAUCAUCAUCCAGAAAAUAGGCGUCUUCUGACUAUGACGGAUGGUGUUGAAUACACACUUGGAGUAGAGAUCAGACCUAUCAAAGAUGUUCAAGUUUCUGCACCUGCCGGUUUCAAGAUCUGAAAAAUGGGUGGUGGUAUGAAUGAUAAAGCAAGUUCUUCAACUAGUAUGGUAGUGUGUUUAAUGUGUGAAAUGGAAGAAGAUCAUGAAACAAAAGCAUGUCCAUGGGUUUAUUCAAGGUGCAAACAUGUACCUUGUAAUGGAGUAAGAGCUUUGUUGAGGUCUAAAACAGAUGUAAGUAAUGGAAAGUUGUUCUUGAAAUGCUUGAAUCCUACCUGCAACUACUUUGAGUGGUUUUCUCAAGCUUCUACCCAUUCUUCAGCACUUCCAAUCAAGCUUCCAUCAGGUCAUGGUUGUAUUGCCCGUGGAGAAGACAACCACAAUGUUACAAGUUGUCCACUGAAGGUUCAAAAAUGCUUUAAAGACAACUGCAACUCUCAAUUAGAACUGAAGAUAUGCAAAAAUCAACAUAAUUUCAACAUAGCUUACCUUGUGUGCAAGAAGAAAUCCUGUGAUGCAUUCAUAUGGGAUUCAGAUGCUCUUGUCAUUGAAAUCAAAGACACAAUGAAGGGUAAAGUGUAUGAAAUAUGCAAGGAAUUUAAGAAAAAUCUGAAAAUGUAGCCUGCAACAAUUUUAUAAUAAAAUUUAUCCCAUUUCAGAA